AUGAGCUUCGUGUUGCAGCUGGGCACCGUGGAGGCGUCUGUGGAUAAGAAGAACGUCGUCCAGCCGUCCUCGAGCCUAUUAAACCAGGAACCAUCCAGCCAGGUUGUCGUUGGUACCGACGACACCGGAAAAUCACAGAUUCUUCAGUGUCUGGAGGCCACAUCGGAGAUACCGACCGGCCACGUGAUAUCGUUCUCCACUGUGAAAUCGGUGAACGUCACGUAUCCGAUAGCAAAAGCCGCCAGGGAGGUACAGAGGAUCGCCGGCUCGCAAACGAACACCACCCAGGUACUGACCACACGUGUGAUCUCUCAGAAGUUACCGUCGACCAGCCAUCAGACGUUGAACGUAUCCUCUCACGUUGCUCAUCUACCGGUAAACUCGCAGUCCCUGUCGUCGCCGGGGAACGGAGUGGCCCAUGUAUAUCCUUUGCAGUACGCGACAUCGGUCCAGACCGCUAAACAGCAACAGCAACACGGUAGGAAUCAGGUGGUCGAGGGCAAACAGGCGACCACGGUGUCGUCCGGCAUCCAGCAGAGCAACGUUCAUCAGAAGGUCCAGCAACCGAUCGCCUCGCAGCAACUGGUGACCGGUAACGCGGUGAAGGGUACCGCCACCGCGAUGCCAAAUAUCCAGAGGAUACACGUGAAAGCCCAGAAUCUCGUUGGCGGCCAGUCACAGACCGUUAAUUUACAGAAGGUGAAAACAAUGAAUGCUGGCCAGGCCGGUGUUGCUGUGCAGAGGAAUUCCCUGCCGAGGAUACAAACGGUACAGAAAGGUCAGACGGCGUCGACGCCACCGACAACGACCACGACGAAUCAGUUCACGGUGAACCAGGCGGCGAGCAACGCCGGUGUUGUACAGAGAACCGUCCAGCAGCCGGCUGGCAAUCCGAGUCUUCAGAAAGCACAGGUGAAUGCCGGGCAGAAAAUGGCCCAACAAGUUUACAACUGUCAAAAGGUAUCCGCACAGAUUCUGGCCAGUCACCCAAAUCAUAAGGCGCAUCAUCAACAAAUCAGUGGUAAUCAACAGCAAUCGGGAUUGCAGAAGUUGCCGGGUCAGCCGCAGAAGAACCCGUCCGUAGCCUCCAGGCAGCAGUCGACGAGCACUAUGAACAAUGUACAGAAGCCUAGCAAUUCUGUAGCUGGUAUACAGAAGCCUCAAGCGCUAGGACAGGUGCAGAGUCAACUACAGCAGCCGGUCCAGGUUCAGAAGCAUGUCCAGCAAGUCCAAUCCGGUCAAAGGACCUCGCAGUCCGUUGGCUUGCAGAAGUCCCAAACAGUAGCAGCCGUAAAUUCCACUAGAGUACAAUCGCUGACCAACGUUAGUAAAAGCAACAGCGUCCCGAAUAUCGCCAAGAUGCAGCAGCAGACCAAUCUACUGUCCGUCGGCAAGCAACAACAGCAGACGGUGUCGCAGUUCCAGGUGCAGAAUUCGCCCCAGCAACAGUUGUUGCAGCAACCGAGCAUCCAGCAGCCGCACGUCGGUGGUAACAAGCAACAGCAGUCGAACGUCGGUCAGCAACCGGUACAGAGGAGUCACAGUAUUACGAAUGUGCACCAGAAGGUCGCAGCCAUAGCCACGAUGCCAAAUAAUCAACGCACCCAGGUGGUGAACUCGAAGGUCCAGCAGCAACAGCAACAGAUGGUGAUGAGAGUAGGCGUACCAAAAGCUCAGACGCAGGGUUUGCAGCAAGGAGCCAUGAAGAGCGUGCCCCAGAAGGUGACGAACACCGCGAAGACACCGAAUCCCUCUCAGAACGCUGUUCAGCAGCCUCUACAGAGGACCGCCAAUUCCCAGCCGGUGAAGAUCAUCCAGCAACAGAACGUGAUCGGACCGCAGAACACACAGAAGCAGCCUGGAUGCAUCAAAACGAUACCCCCACAAAAAUCUACCCAGAGGAAUCAUCAGCAGAAAGUAACCGGCAUCAAAACCUCUUUGAAUACUAAUGUGACCGCGGCAAAGGGCCAAGGGCCCAGCACCGGUGUCCCUCAGAAGCAAAGCAUCAAAACAUUGUUACCCCAGCAAACUGUCCCGUCGAACAUGCUGAUGCACAAGAAUCAGCCGAUCAAGAUACAACAACAGACCGUACAACAGCAAAAACAACAGCUCGUCAUGACGCCCCAGUUCCCGCAGCAGGUCAGACAACAGACUGGUCAGAUAAAAACGUUGCUGCCGGUGACCAGCGCCGAGCCUCGCAGGGAAAUCGAGAAGAAAAUCGAACCUGAGCUGCGUGUACUGAAAGAAGAUGAACCCGCACAAGCAGCACCUCAAUCUCCAGUUCGAAGAAUGCCCCUUCCGUACGAGUGUCUCCAGUUUGUCCUGCAAGAUCAUAAUUACGGGGCGCCACCGCCACGAACGCCUCCGCCUCCAUCUCCACCGCCCCAUCCGAAGCAACAGGCGAUUAACGGUGCUGGAAGUUCUGCAGCGACUUCCCAGCACCCUUACAUGUACGGACAGGUUGUGACCGGUACCAACGUAGAGGAUGACGCAGCCAGUGCAAUUAGCAGCGAAACCGGUAGAGAGGCAGAACCGGAAGGGGAAGAAACUGAAACCGCUCCUGAGGGAGAGGGAGACGACGAAGACAGUGUUACUAGAUGUAUAUGUGAUUUCGAGCACGACGAUGGCUACAUGAUCUGUUGCGACCGUUGCCUGGUAUGGCAACACGUGGAUUGCAUGGGCAUAGACCGUUCGAACAUUCCCGACGAGUACCUCUGCGAGAUCUGUCGGCCACGACGCGUGGACAGGCAAAGGGCACGGGCCCUACAGAUGCGUAAACGCGAGGAACUGUUGAAUUCCGACACAUCAUCCGAUACUUCGUCCACCAGCUCGGCGGACACCGACGUUGGCGUGAACGCAGUCCCGAAAAAACGUUCGUUGCCCCAGCAACAACAAUCCCAGCAAGUUCCGCGUCGGAAAUCCGACCCACCGCCGCAGGUCAGACGUCUGAACAACAACAACAACAAUAACAACAACGUGGCGAAACGGCAGAGAAGAGAUUCGCAUCCGAGACAGUCGAGCGCGGUGAGGAAGAAAGAGGCGACGAAACGUGGCCCGGGUAAACGUAAAGCGAAACGACGGAUGAGCCUGGAGGACAAGGAGGAGGAGACACAAGACUCCUGGACGUCGAAUGUCGCGCCGCUACGACAGUGGAUCGAACGGUACGAGGAAGCCGUGACGAAUCAUUACAGCCCGGAGCUAAGGGCUAGGAUAUCCUCCAUCAAAGUGAACGGCACGCACAGCGACCUUAGACAGAGUAAUAUGAACGUCAUCGCCACGGGAAAAUGCAGGCUGAACGUGCACAGUAAUAACGUUAGGUUUCUAGUGGCGACGAUGUACCUGCCACCGAACACGCCGGUCGUCGAGCUUAGGGGGAAGUACAUGCUGAGCACACAACACCGACCGUCUCAUCCGCAAGGUAGACAGCAUACACAGAGGCCAGGCCCGUUCGUCUUCUUUUAUCGGUUGCCACGGGACGGAACCGAGGUGUGCGUGGACACGCGAACGUACGGCAACGACGCCCGUUUCGUACGGCGUAGUUGCAAGCCGAACGCAGAGGUGAAGCACUGUAUAGAGAAAGGAACGUUGCAUUUGUACAUCGUGACCACCACCACAAUCGAGAAAAACGCCGAGAUCACAAUCAGACACGAGCAACACGACCUGUUGCUGUCCCCGAAUCCGAACGGGCCGAUGAUGCCGAUCAUUUGCGCGUGUAACAACCCGAAGGAAUGUCAGAUAGCCUCAGUGAAUCAGUUGAACAGACGUGGAAGCAACGGGGCGUUAGCUGAGAAUGCUGAUGGUCGUGAAAGAAGACGGAGGGGCAGACGGAAUACCGUGUGCGAGGACAGCGAUUCCUCGACCGUGGUUCCAAGCACCAGUGUCGCCCAACCAACGCCACCUCCGGUAACACCAGCGCCCUCGGUGUCGCCAGCGCCAGCUAGAAGAACAAUCACACCUACUGUGGCCAGUACAACACGACAGAUGGUCAAGGAGGAGCCGCCUACGACCACCGUGCAACAACCACAAAUAUCACCGAGUCUGACGCCGGUCACGGCGCCAGAGUCGAGGAAGGACAAGAAGAAAAUGACCAGAGAAGAGAGAAAAAUGGAGGCGAUCAUGAAAGCGUUCGAGAGGCUGGAGAAGGCGGAGCAGAGGAAGCAGGAGGUCCAGGCGAGGAAUGCGCAGAGGAAGGAGUCUGUAGGUAGCACGCACAGCGACAACGAGGACACUCCGACCCCUACGAUACCACAAUCGAAACAGAAGCAACAGACCUCCUCUGAGAGACCGUUGAGACGGAAACGAAGGAAAGGUAGGACCAGGACCUCGUCACAAUCCCAGAGCAGUAGUCGAAGAACAAGGUUAAACUCCGCGGACUCGGAUGUUUCAUCUGGAGAAGAGAGCACUUCCAUGCAAUCCCCGCCGUUGUCGAGUCACAAUCACUCCCACAGCCGCGACGCACCUUACUCCUCUCAUUUGCACACCCCAGCGAAGAGCACAAGCGAGCCUGUGAGCACAGGGUCCGCUCAUCAGGGGAUACCAACAGCUGCUGGCCUGUUGUUGGCUCUGGCGAACUCGAGCGCGCCUGGACCUAGCUCACCACCCUUGCAACAGCCCACACCAGUGAAAAGUCCGACCUGCGACAGCGGAGCGAGCAGUAGCUCCCAGAGCUCGACUCCGUCUACUCCUCUGUCCUCAGCGUGUCUGUUGGUCGCGGCAGCGGUCGGUCCGCUGGCUCCUGGCUUCAAGUUCCCGAAGACCAAGAAGGUCCUGAUGAACGAGUGGCUGAAGGAAUCGCCGGAUCCUCCUCAGGCCAACGUGCCUCAGGUGUCUCCGUUGCCAGCCUUGCCACCAGCGCCUCUCCCCAAUUCCAUGAACCCACUUUGCAGGACAUCAGACUUCUCCCUGCCUGCUGAUUCAUCCGCAGAGUUCUUGUCGCAGAGCUACGCGGCCAAGAGUCUGGCUACCUUAGUCCAGGCUGCGAAUUCUGUUUCUGGCAUAUGCGAUUCACCGCCCCAACGCAAGCAAACGACGGCUGGGAACCCAACGGGCCCCGUUUCCACGGGGUCCGCUAAGAAGAGGUGGCUACGACAGGCGAUCUCUGAGGAAUGCGACUCGCCGAACAGCCGGCCUGAGAGUCCACCGCCCAGCGAGAUGGUGGCGCCACCGAAGAAGAGGAGAAUAGCCAGGGAAAGCUUGUCGUCGGACAAUUACACGCCGCCUACCACGCCGACUAUGCUGCAUCCGGAAUCUGCUCCGAAUACUAGAUCCCUAUGUCCAACUGAGGAUGAUUACAUCGAACACGCUCAGUCGCCUUUGAUGGAGCAAAACGAUGAGAGACAUUUAGAGCCUAUAGAGUCCAUGAAACAUGAGGACACCGAAGUGAAUCUACGGCAGAAAUUUUGCAUGGAGAUACCAGGUUUCCACGCGGAAAUCAUAAAGAAGGAAGAGGCCAUGGAGAUCGUCGCGCAGGUGGACGCGUUGGUGAAGGAGGAGAACAUCGUGCCGAAGGAGGAGCCAAAGGAAGAAAUGAAUUGCGAUUCAUCAGCGCGUUUGGACUCGAAGUUGAUCAAGAGUGAGUCACGGCUUGUUAAGAGCGAGGAAAUGGAUUGUCAGAGGGAAAGGAUCAAGAACGAGCAUUGUAUAAAGGAGGAGACGUCGGACGCCGAGAAAGGGACCGUUGAAAUAGUUGAUCAGCACGAUGAACGGGACACGGAAAUGGAAGAUAUGAGUUCACCUAUCGACACCAUGGAAUCCGACGCCAUUUUGAAACAACGUGUGGCUGAGAUGAGACUCGAAUUCGGUGGCAGUAUGACCGAGAUGGAGCACGACAGGUGUGACGACGACAGGAAACCCGAUAGCGUGAAGUCCGAUGUAAAAUCGGACGAUAACAUGUCCAUCGACGAGUUCGACGUUGAAGCUCAGAUGAAGAAAAUCACCGGUGACGAUGGGAACGAUUACAAAGAAAAAAUCGAUACUAGCUCGGAAAAGGAUAAGAGCAUGGACGGUAUAGAGGGCUUGAUGGAGAGUUCUAAAGAGGAUUCCGAGUCGGACGAUAAAGAAAUGGAUGACUUGAAGUAUGAAACGUCGUUCAAGUCUUUUCGUACAGACCACGAAGAGGAAAGGUUGUUCAAGGCGUUCGAGAGCAAACCGGAACGGGAGGAAGUUAUCGGGCAUGACGUAAAGGAGCUCAUCGAGCAGACUGAGGAUAGUCAGAAGUUAGAACAGCCGUCUGUUUUCGUUGCUUCCUCGGAGGACUCCAUAUUCGAGUCCACGUCCUCCAAUAUGGACACAGAGUCCAUCGUGGAACCGCCAAAGAUAUUUCAUUCCAUUCCACCGUUGAGCGAGCGUAUACGUAAGAAGACAGAGGCGAGCGCCUCGAAGAGCCAGCUGAACUUCGAGGCAGCAAUUAUCGAGUCCACCAUCGAUAUAGAAACGUCGGACGGAUCGAGAAACGGUGAACAAAAGUCGAUGCUAUCCACAGCGUUGAGAGAAUUACUGGAGGCCAAGCUGGAUGAUCUGACGCCCGAAGAAACAAAAGAGGAGACGGUCGAUGAGAACAGUACCACCUUCACGGAACCAAAAUCAGAGACGUCGGAGCACAGUGUCGACGCGUCCGAUGCUACAUUGAGGACAGGUACGCCUCAGGAGCUUCCCACCGAAGAGACGCAAAUGAAAGAAGAAGAAACAGCUACACCGAAAGAAAUCAAACGACUGAAGGACCCCAGAACAGUUGUCCCAAACAGCAUGCCCGCACCUGCAUUUAAACCAGACGCGAAUCCACCAGUCAAACGAAAGUUGUCCAUAUCGGAAUACCGGAAACGAAAACAGCAGUCGUCCGGCACACCACCAGAUCCUGAACCAUCGAACGAUACUCCAGCAACGGAUAAAGGAACCGCAAGAGGCAGAUCAGACAGCGCAAGCAGUGGCACCUCGUCCCUCAGUUCCGACGAGGAAGCAUCGAAAAUACCUUCCCUCUCCCUCGAUCUACCCGGGCUCACUACCUUACCUAUCUUCAAUAACGCAGAGGCCGAGGAGAAGAAAGCUGGCGAGGAAGGUACCAUCGGCUGGUCUGCAGCUCCGACUCUAGUGGAACGUCAACGGGAGAACCUGACGGAGAGACUGAAACGAGAAUUUGGAUUGUUUCUGAGUGACGACGAGGAGGAAAGAGCCCGUAAACAUGGUCUAACAGCGGAGGCGAUACUGAAAGCACGGAAAUCAUCACCCCCGCAUCCAUCCGUCUCGAGCACUCCGCCAGGCUAUCCUCUGCCUCAGUUACCACCUCAGCCCUACAUUCCUCCGCCAGGAUCCGCGUCUAUCCAUUAUCCCCAGUUCCAAACGAAGCCUUCUCCCGUUCCGUACCCCGGUUUCACGGUUCCGCAGACCACCCCGCCGCCGGUAUACGCGAAUGCACAAGCGUCCAGCGCGAAGCCGUCGCCGCAGUCGCAGCCACAGCCGCAACCACAGCAGUUCCUGGUGCCACAGGCGUCCCAAGCACCUCCAGGAUCGAAUCCAUACCCACCGCAGUUCAUACCGCCAUCGACAGCCGCGGUGUCAAUCGCAAAGUUCGCCUCAGCAACCCCACCGCCACCUGGUAGCCAAGUGUACCCCACUUCCGGCCAGUCUCAGAAGCCAUUUUACAAUCAUCCAGCGCCUAGGUCUUAACCCGCAUAAAUAUAUAGCGGUGUAUCAAAGGUUCUCUAGGUAGAGCGAGCGUCGUUGGACUCGUCGCGUUUAAUUCAAAUUAGAUGACAAUUUUCUGUUAACGUUGUCCCUUCACCCGGCACCGUCUGGAGGCACCCUCUUGGACCAUCAGAGAUGUAUACAGGGACGGGACAACGAAAUGAAUUCACGAUCUCUUGCGGCCGACCGCGUGAACGAGACAAGAGAAUCCCCCGACGAUGAUUAAUCCACAAGGUGCUAAUUAGCUGUUCAUGUCAGUUGAAUGGAGAACAGACGACAAGAGGGUUUCUUCUGAAAUUUGGAAUUCUCGUGGCCUAAACAGUGAUAGUUAAGUAUUCCCGCUAUCUGAAACGGAACCGAGGACUAGGUUGUGCAUUUUAGGGUAACGACAAUUUUGUGUGUGUGUUUUAAAGAGAGAGGACACUCUGUCCGUCUGGCAUCUAAACGG